CAUAUAUAAAGCUAUUAUUUUAAUUUAGUUUUAUUUAUUUAUUUAUCAUUACAACUUUUAUACAUAUAUAUUUUAAAUUUGUACAAUAUUAUCAAAAAAAAACAAACAAAAAAAAAAAAACAAUUAAAAAAAGAAUCCAAACCAAUUAAUCACUACUAAUUUUAAUUAAUAGUAUUAAUUAACAAACAAAUAAACAAGUAAUAGUUUAAUUAUUAAUAUCAAAUCUUUCUUAAAGUAAUAUAUAAAUAUAUAAAAAGAUGAAUCAUCAAUUUAUGCAAUCACCACUUUAUCUUGAACCAAAUACAAAUGGUCCACAUAUAAAUAAUGUAAAUAAUAGUCUCCACAAUCUAAAUUUAAACCAUCCUUUAAACAAUAGCAGCAACUCAAACUACAGCUAUAACAGUAAUAAUUAUAACAGUAGUAAUAAUAACUAUAAUAACAAUAAUAAUAACAAUAACAACAAUAGUCAUCAAAUCCAUAAUAGCUAUCAAAAUUAUGAAUCAUAUAACGAAAACUGUAACAAUAGUAAUAAUAACAAUUUAAAUAAUAUAAACAAUAAUAGUAAUAUAAAUAACAAUAACUAUAGUCAUAAUAAUAUAAACAACAACUAUAACAAUAGUAAUAAUACAUUAAAAAUUCCACCAUUACCAAUAAUAGGACAACCAAGUUCAACAUCACCAAAUGGAAUUGGAAACUCUGGUUUAGGUUUAAAUAAUACAAAUAAAUUGUUUUCAAAAUUAGAUUUAUCUAAAGUACCAAAUUCAUACCAACUUACACAUAACAGCUCAAUGCCAAACUCACCAACCUCAUCAAAUAUUUCACCAUCAACACCAACAUCGAUGGCUUUAAAUUUAAAUUCAUUAAAAUCAAUUUUAGAUUCUCCUCCAGCUGCACCAGCAACAUCUGCAUCAUCCUCAUCAAAUGAUCACAGCAAUGGUAUUGUUCAUCAUAUAAAUCUUCAUAGUGGAGGUGUUAAUCAUAAUGGUGUUGUUAUGAAUAGUUUAAAUUUAAAUAAUAUAGGUCAAAAUGCAAACAACAAUAGCAACAAUAGUAGCGGAAACCAACCACCAACACCAUCCUCAUCCUCAUUCAAUAUACCUCUAUUACAACUUAAACAAUUGCAAGGCCAAUCACCACCAAACAAUACAACCACUACAACCACAACAAACCAUCAAAUACCAAUUAUCAAUACUCCUGAAAUUCAUCACCAACGUUCAAAUCCACCAAGCGCAACAAACUCACCACGUUAUUAUAUCCCAUCACAACAACAAGAAUCAUCUGUAGAAAACUCACCCUUUACCACACCAUUAUCUUCUCCACGUGGUCCAAUUUCACCAAGAGCUGCCUCAAACUCCUCUUUAUUAAACAAUCAAUCAAAUAUUAGAGUAGAGGAACAAUGGAAAAAGAUUGAAUACUAUGUAAAUGAUCUUAGUCAUUUCAUUUAUGAUUGUAUUCGUAGUAAAGAUUUUUCAAAUUUAUCAGAACUAAAAGAUAAAAUUGAAGAAGUUGUAAAUACAUCAAAAGAAAUUGAAAUUAUCCAUAGCAUUGCUAAAUCACUUCCACCCCAAACUAGAGCAAGAAAGAAAAGAUCAACCAAAGCUGAAAAACUUCAAAAAGAUUUGAUUGGUAUUAAAAGAACCUAUGUAACAACACCAAAAAGUAAAGGAACCUAUUGUAUAUUUUGUGGUACAAUGGAAACUCCAGAAUGGAGAAAAGGUCCUGGUGGUCAUAAAACACUUUGCAAUGCAUGUGGGUUGCACUAUGCUAAAAAUAUUAAAAAAGAAAAUCAAAAUAAUAAUAACUCGCCAAACCCCCAAUCAUCACCAAACUCAAACAUUGGCAAUAAUAACAAUAAUAGUAAUAGUAAUAAUGAAAGUGCAAUGAGUGUAUCAAAACUCAUAAGUGAUAACUAAUAAUUUUUUGUUUUAUAUAAAUAAUAUAAUAUAAAUAAAUAAUCAAAGAAUUUUAUAAAUUAUUCAUUAUUACAUUUAUAUUUAUGUGUAAAUUAAAUCAAACCAAACAAAAAUAAAUAAAAUAAAAUAAAAUUAUUUCAAAUU